AUCAGCUUUGUAGCACCUCUUCGCUUCUGACCUCUCAAGCUUUUUAACAGCUUCUCCUAGUCCUAGUCGCACUUCUCCCAAUCAAUAUUCUUUAAAGCUACAAAACAACUAUGAAGUUUGCUACUGCCUCCGCUCUCUUUGUUGCCGCUUUGGCUUCCACUGUCUAUGCUGGUGAAUGCAGGUGUGACGACGAUGACAGCAGAGUUACCGCUACAGGAACCCUCACUGUUGGCCCUGUCCCCACUGGCACUGAGGCUUGGUCCUCUGUCUGGUCCUCAACCUGGUCAGAUAGUUGGUCUUCUAGCUGGGCUACGAGCUGGACUGUCACAGGAUCUGCUGCUCCUUCUGUCCCUACUGAUCCGAAUGCCGUCCCUUCUCCACCUUCGGUCUCUGUAAGCACCACAACGGUCAGCACUACUGUCACUGUCACUCUCCCUCCUACCCCCACGGCCACACAGCCCUCGGGUGGAAACAUCCUGACUAUCCCCCGCAAGGCUCUUUUAGCUAUCGGAACUGGCGCUGUCAUUCUCUCUCAGCUCUUGUAAAAACAACCUUUUCCUUAACCCUUUUCCCUUAUAUAUAUAUUAACAUGUAGCUAGCCUUAUCUUAAAAGCUUUUCUGGGAUCAUUCGCCACUCUUUUUUCUUUAUUCAUUGUAUAGUAUGCAGCAGUGACGUUGCCUUUGAUCUGCGUAUCUCUUCUCUCACAUCAUUUACAACAUGUACUUCAAAUAAACGUUACCUUGUCAACA